UCUCAGGUGUCACAAGGACUCGUUCAAUAAUAGCUUAGCUGAAAACCAAUAAUACACAUCAGCAUCCCAAAUUAAGCCACCAUUUUGAAUGCUCACAGGGACAUGCCUCCCUGUUUCCCUCCUUCCACUCCCCUCAAAACUAGUUUAUCAAACAACCACCCAACAAAAAAAUUAGCAUUUCUUUUCCAACCCUUCAUUUAUCUUCUUUUGGUCUAUUCCUCCCAUCCAUGCAAACAACACAGGCCGGAACUAGCCACCCUCCGGCCACCCUCUGGUUAAGCUCUUCGAGUUCGGGAUCCCUUCCUUUGAUCAGGCGAUGCCAAUGAGUCCCCAUCCACCAUCAUAUGAUGACUAUGCUUCCUCCCCUCCUAUAACUUUAAUUCUCAUAGUAAUCCUCCUGAUUUUCUUCUUUCUAGGGUUCUUCUCUGUAUAUUUCUGUAGAUGUUUCAUUGAGAACAUGUCUAGCACGUGGCAAAUCCGUCGAUUACCCUCCCGCAACUUUGUUUCCAGCGAUCCAUCUGUCAUCAGUGGCCUCGACCCUUCUCUGAUACAAUCCUUCCCAACAUUUGUAUACUCGAGUGUCAAGGAUUUCCGCGAGGAAAAAUACGGUCUAGAAUGUGCAAUAUGCUUGGUGGAAUUCGAGGAUGACAGUCUGCUUCGCCUUUUGACUGUCUGUUACCAUGUUUUUCAUCAAGAAUGCAUCGACCUCUGGCUAGAAUCCCAUAAAACGUGUCCGGUUUGUCGUGGAAACCUCGAUUUGCCGCCGCCUGACUCGUUGGAAAAAUCCAUGGAGCUCGUCGAUCAUAACGCCAUGCACGACGUUGAACAUGGCAAUAGUACUACUGAACAUCGUUCAUCAUCAGAUCAUGAUGCCGUACGCAUUGAUGUAAAAGAAGACGAGAAUGAUGAGAGCGCAGAAUCUGGAGAAGCAAGCAGCCAUGAAAAUGCAUCUAAGGCGCAGCAAAAUGAUGAUGAUGAUGAUAAAAGAUUGGAAAGACUCGAAAGAUUUUCAAAGUCACACUCGACGGGGCAUUCUAUAGUCAGGAGAAGAGAAGACGAGGAAGAUAGGUUUACACUGAGAUUGCCAGAGCAUGUAAAGGUAGAACUCGUGAUCAGAGGACACAACAUCGCUAAAAGCUGUUCGACAUUUGGUGAAUUCUGUGGCCAUAUCGAGGCGGCCGGAAAUGGAGGCUUCGGCGAGGUACCAUAUCGGGAGUGCAGCUCAUCCGGCGGAAACAUCAUGAACAAAGUUUAAAAAUUGUUUCGUGUAAUUAAUGUCUUUGUUUUCUUUGCCCCUUUUGCAAACAGUACUAGAUUUGACAUUAUCUUUGGAAAUUAAUUAAUUUUCAGUGUAAAACAAAUAGGACAUCGAAGAUCAUAUGUUUUCUA